AUGUUUGCUUCCAGAGCAGCGAAGCGGAACCUGGAUGAGAAGAGCUUCUACGGGGGGGUCCUGCACGUGUGCUAUGUCCCGGAGUACGAGACGGUGGAGGACACGCGACUAAAGCUGCAGGACCGGAGGAGCUACGUGGCCAGAGUAGCCCGGAACAGAGCCAGGAAAAGUAGAGACAAAGAAAGGAUUUGUGAGAGGCCCACACCGUCGGAGACGGUCACACCGGACCGGACCCGCACCGGACAGCCUCAAAGCUCCUACAGGGAGGGAACAGGUGGGACUUCAGGUGUUCCCCACCACUCAGGCUUCCCUCUGCUGCCACCACCUCCACGAGAACAUGGUCUCUACGGGCCUCAGUACCAGCCAACGGAGGACAAAAUGGGAACUUUACAUAACGCCACGCCUCACACACAUCAACAGCAGCUGGAGAGUUUAAGCUCCGACCAAACGGCCAGCAGAGGUCAAAGCACAGACAGCAGACUGGCGUCCAGUCAGACCUCUGUGGUCCGAUUUGUCCCGAGAACCGCACACUUGCAGAACAGGAAACGGAAAGUGGACGAGGUUCCACAAGAUUCGUCGACUAUUUCUGAAGAAACUGGACCCUUAAUCGGACCAAAACUGCCAGAGUCACCUAAGCUGAACAUGGAGGACGAAUCACUGAACACAACUGUAAACCUCAUCCGGAACACAAUGAAGCAGUCCUGUGGGAAAGGAAAUGUUGGUGAUAUCUAUUAUGAUAAACUGGACUUAUCUGUGUUCUGGAUCGAUGUGGUGGCACACAUAUCUAAAUAUCGGGGCAGGAGAGCUCUCACCAUCUUCUUGAACGUGAUGUCGACCAGGUCUUUGACUCCCUCGUCGGGGUCCUCCUCCGUGGGCUGCCGGAUGAGGCAGUUCUUCAGCAUGUGGAACAUCUCCUCUCUGGCGAUGUACUUGUCGCCGUUCAGGUCGUACACGUUGAAGCAGUCUGAGUCGGCAGAAAACAGGGACAGGCAUUGGCUCCCAGGGGCACGAGAGGGUCGGGGAGAGGGGAUCAGUAAGGACAGAAAAGCAAAGCUGAAAACUUGCACUUUAUUUUUUCGUCCAACGUCCCCCGAAGAAAAACGGACAGUCCCUCGAUCCACUCCUCCACGGAGAUGA